GGCAAGGAGUGCCACCUCACUUACGGCGUUAGCAGAAUAUAUUUAGGGUCGGGGGCAGCCUCUUCCGUGAAUCGAAAGGAAAGCAUGGCGCCCAAGAGAGCAGCUACACACACCGAUAGCGACGACGAAGACGACAUCUUCUACUACCGCUUCUGCUCUUCUUCCUCAUCUGCCCAAGCCCAGGCCCAGGCCCAGACCCAGACUAAGACUAUUACUACUGCUGCUGGAUCCGCUUCUUCUUCUUCGUUGGCUCCCUCAAAAUCCACCCUCUACGUUUCCAACCUGGACUACGCCCUAACCAACUCCGACCUCCACACACUCUUCUCCACCUUCGGCCGCAUUGCCCGCGUAACCGUUCUCAAGGACCGCCACACCCGGCUCAGUCGCGGCGUCGCCUUCGUCCAAUUCGUCACUCGCGAAGACGCCCGCCGCGCCGCUGAUCAAAUGCACGGCAAGAUCCUCAACGGCCGCACGCUCUCCGCCUCCAUCGCACUCGACAACGGCCGCGCUCCGGAGUUCAUUCGCAAGCGCGUCUACAAGGACACUGGCCGCUGCUUCGAGUGCGGCCAGUCUGGACACCUCUCCUACGAGUGUCCCCGCAACCGCCUGGGUCCUCGCCAGCGCCCGCCUCCGAAGCGUGGCAGGCGCGGAGGCGGCGGAGCUAUGGGAAGAGGCGGGAGAGGCAGCCGGCGAAGGGAGGAAGAUGACGAUGACGAUGAUGAUGACGAUGAGGGAUCAGACGGUGGCGGUGGCGGCGCGGAGCGGUUUGAGGAUGAUAAUUGGGCUUCGGUUGUAGACGGCGGCGCCGAUGAGAGGCUUUUGGGGAGGAAUGAGAAGGUUGUUGCCAAGAAGAAAGAGAAGAAAGCUGGGUACUUCAGCGAUGAGAGCGAUGAAGAUGAUGAAUGAAGAUGAAAAAAUUGAGAUUGGAAUUGGAAAGAGGAAUUUGAAGAUAGGGUUUUGAAGGUGUGGAUUCAGCUUCAUUGCUGCAAGUUGAUUAGAAUUUUGUACAUGAUUAAUGUAUUUUCUCCUUAGAUGCCACCUUGGAUUGCUUGAUUGUGAAAAUAGACAUAAAAUUAAGGUGGCUACUCCAAUGAAGAUUUAAUGAUUGUCAUGUGAAGAUAUAUCAUUUUGACCAUUGGAUAAUAGAUUGUAGGGUUUGAUUUUAUUUGAAGUAAAAGUGUUACCUUUAUUUAAAUAAAGUGUUGCAAAAUAAAUAAGUUACACGUUUUAAACAAGAAUCAUCAUGAGAAGAUGUUUUUAGUAUCUUCAUAGGAGUAGCUGCCUAAAAUUAAUGUAUUUUGUAAUUUCUAUAUAUUCUGCUUUGAAUUAUGCUUUUGUGACAGAAGUAUGCAGAAAUAUAGAGAAGACCCACUUCUAUGGAGUAUAGAAAAUACAAGAAGGUUUUAUCUCUGCAUCUGUUGUCAAUGUAUCAUUGCUGUCUCAGAGACAGAAUCCAAACACAGCCUUAUACUGAAAGAGUGUUGUUUAUGUGCAUUGAAAUGUAGAAGUACUGAAGUAGCAAUAGUAUAGUGGUCUUGG